AAUUCAUAUCCAUGAAUCAAAGAUAUUCGCUAGAAAAAAACUAAAAACAACACAAUCGUAUACUUAGGAUUACCAAAUCUAACAGAAUUGAGGAUUCAAUUGUAAACUAUCACCGUAAAUCAAGAGAUGAUCGGCAAAAAAGAAAUGGGCGGCGGAGAUGGAGAUUGGAGACAGAAGAGAGAGACAACGAGAUUGGAAAUGAAAGGUGGAGGCGGAGGAGUUCCGGGGAUAAAGACGAAGGUAAAUUCAAAGGACUUUCCACAUAUGAAGCUGACUGUGAAGUCUUCACUGCAAGACUUCCAAAAAUUGAUGAAAGAAAAGUUGUGCGAUCAUAUGGAAAUCCUUGAAGUGUUUAGGAGAGAUUCUCCUUUUGGUGCUUUCCUUGAUGUCCAACUUGUUCCCCCUCCAGCCAUGUUAUGGCAGUUGAUGGUUAGGGAGGCUAAUGUGGAAGGAGCAAAAGAGGAAAAAAAAGAUGGGAAAGAAGAAGAUGGGAGGGAAGAAGUUGGGAAGGAAGGAGAUGGGAAGGAAGAAGAUGAGCCCAUUGCAGACAAUAUGGUCAAGCUCUCCAGUUUUGAAGGAAUUCCUGAAGAGAAAGAUGAAGAAGAGGUUGACCAAUUUAAAGUAAAGAAUAGGUGUCCACCAAUCCAGGAAGAAGAAGAGGAAAAGUUUGCAGUUGAGGGAGAGGCGAAUGAAGAUGAGAUGGCAAUGAGUGAUAAAAUUGUCCAUGAUGUUGUUGAAUUCUGCAAAUCAACUGAAAACAAUGUUGAUGAGAACUUGGCGAAGGCUGAUAGGGUGUUGGUGAAUCUGGAUGUCCUGGCUUUUUUCAAAGAGGUUGAGCUUCAUCACCUUCCUAAAGCAAACUCAGACCAUAAGGCCCUAUUACUCCACUGCCAUGAUGACCAACAACUUGGUGCAAGGCCUUUCAGGUUCAUCAAUUCUUGGACUCAUCAUGACAAAUUCCUUGAGGUGGGCAAAAAAUCCUGGGAUAACAGCCCUACAUUUGGGGGCAUGAGAGGCCUCCUCUCCAAACUUAAAGCCCUCAAAGUGGACCUUAAGACCUGGAACCACAGAGAGUUUGGCAAUAUUUUUGACCAGGCUAAGAAGGCUGAAGAAUGUGCCUCUCUAACUCAGGAGGCCUAUGAUACUGAUCCAACGGAUGGGAACAGAGAGAUUGCUCAAUUGGCGAAUGCAAAAAUGAUUCUUGCAGUCAAGAAGGAGGUGGAAUUUUGGAAACAAAAGGCUAACAUUAAAUGGUUAGAGAAGGGAGAUGCAAACUCCAAAGUUUUCCAGGCUUAUGUCAGAGGGAAACAAAAGAAACUUUGCAUCAACCACAUUAUUUCCCAAGAGGGGGUAGGCCUUCACAACAGAGAGGAGAUCAAGGAGGAAGCCAUCAAAUAUNAGUUGUAUCAAGCUUUAUACACCUUAGCUAGCCGUCUUGGUAAACCUUUGAUGAUGGAUGAAUACACUGCUAACAGAGAUCGAAGGGAUAGUGCUCGUGUGUGCUUGGAGUUGGACCUUUCCCAGCCACCUCCACCUAUAAUACACAUACGUAUGGGAGGUAAGGAUAUCUUUGUGGAUUGCACUUAUGAGAACAGGCCAUGCUACUGCACCACCUGUAAAAAGAUUGGACACUCUUCAACAAGGCACACCACUACUCAGCCCACCGGAAAAGUUCCCUCCGGCAAGGGUAAGGAGGGCAUCCCUGAUUCAAAUGUCAACAAAUGGAUAAAAGUCACAAGCAAGAAGCCAAAAGGUACAAGUCAUGUUGCAGCUAAAUCAGCUCAUAAUGUCACAAAAUCAGGGCCCACUAUCUAUGAAUGGAAAAAGAAAGAAGCUAAAGCUUAUGCCCAUAAAACCAAGCCCAUUAAGCCCAUUCAACCCCACACCCAGGAACCUCUUAACAUCACUCCAACCUCUGAACCUUUCAAAGGAUCUGUUGUGACUGCCUACAUCACCACUCACCUGAAAGAGGCCUGGCAAUGCUGUUGGAAGAUAUUCAUCACUCCCCACUUGUGGAAUCCCCAAGCCACAGAAGUAUUGGUUAUCACUCUGAAGGAGAAACAUCCAAUGGAGUCCAGGACACUAGUGAGCUUGAACCCAAGAAAUUUCUCAUACCUGAAGCAAAUAAAGUGACGAUUUCAGUUCCAAAAAAGCACAUCAAAUAUUCAUCCAUACCUACAUCUAGCAUGAUUAGAAGAAGCCACAAGGGGCAUAAAGAUAAUAUUUUCUA